UGAUGUGUGAAAUUAAAAGGAAAAAAAAGAAGAAAAAGAUAAAGAAAAAGAAGGUGAAUUGCGUCUGUUGAAAGGUUUUGAUGGAGGGUUUAUGAGAUGGAAACCGAAGGUAGUUUGGGAAGCCUGCUGAGAUGGGCAGCCGAUCAUGGAAUUUCAGAUUCUGUAGAUCAACCCACUUCACAUUCUUGUUUGGGUCAUUCUUUGUGCGUCUCUUUCUUCCCUGAUACCGGCGGGAGAGGUUUGGCCGCUGUUCGUCAACUUAAGAAAGGAGAGUUAGUGCUGAGAGCUCCAAAAUCUAUCUUGUUGACCACCCAAAGUUUGUCGUUGGAAGAUGAGAAGCUCGACAUGGCUCUAAAGAGAUACCCAUCUCUUUCAUCGACACAGCGGUGGGGGUUAAAGGCACACACCAAUGUCCUUGAAAGCAUAUGGCACAGACCGAUAUCCUUGAAAGCAUAUCUCCUUCGAGCUUCCUACUUUCUCUUGGUUUACUCGUUGCUUUGUGGGGGAUGUAAAGGACCCAGUUCUUGGUGGUUUCCUUACUUAAAGCAUUUGCCCCAGAGCUAUGACAUACUGGCAACUUUUGGAGAAUUUGAAAAGCAAGCCCUGCAGCAGGUUGAUUAUGCUAUCUGGGCAACAGAGAAGGCUGCUUUGAAGUCUCGUACGGAUUGGAGAGGAGUCGAAGGAUUAAUGCAAGAAUCCAAUAUUAAAAGCCAACUCCAAACAUUCAAGGCGUGGCUUUGGGCCUCUGCAACUAUAUCAUCUAGGACAUUGUAUGUACCAUGGGAUGAGGCCGGAUGUUUAUGUCCAGUUGGUGACCUGUUUAAUUAUGCUGCACCUGAAGGGGAAUCCUUUAAUGCUGUGGAUGUUUUGUCCUUUCCAUCACAUGCUUCUUUGAAUGAUGAGUUAGAGUUACUUGAAGAGCAAAGAGAUAGUCAAUGGGCUUUGACAGAUGGCGGAUUUGAGGAAAAUGCUUCUGCCUACUGCUUCUAUGCUCGGGAAAGUUACAGGAAGGGAGAGCAGGUUCUUUUAAGCUAUGGUACAUACACAAACUUAGAGCUUCUUGAAUACUAUGGGUUUCUUCUACAGGAAAAUCCAAAUGACAAAGUUUUUAUUCCUAUCGAACAUGAUAUCUAUGGUUCCAGUUCUUGGCCCAAGGAAUCUCUUUAUAUUCAUCAAAAUGGAAACCCAUCAUUUGCUCUACUUUCUGCUCUGAGAUUAUGGGCAACCCAUCCGAACAAGCGUAGAGGUGUCGGGCAUCUUGCUUAUGCCGGAUCGCAACUCUCUGUCAAGAAUGAAAUAUUAGUCAUGCAGUGGUUAUCCAAGAACUGCCAUACUGUUUUAAACAAUCUGCCAACAUCAAUUGAAGAAGACAAUCAGCUUCUGUGCAAUAUCGCCAAAGUCCAAGACCUGCAGGUACCAAGGGAGCUCCAGAAGACAUUGUUGACCUAUGGAGGCGAGUUUUGUGCUUUCUUGGAAACCAAUGGUGUGGUGAAUAGAGAUGAAGCAGAGUCACAUUCAUCCCAGAAACUAAAACGCUCUCUAGACAGAUGGAAACUAGCAGUCCAGUGGAGGCUUUUGUACAAGAAGGCGUUGGUUGAUUGCAUAGGUUACUGCACCACAACUAUUUGCUCUCUUUCUUCUUAAUCUGGUUCAGGUUGUUAUUUUCAGGUUUUAAUUUAAAUUAGCUAUUUAAUGAAUUUUAUAGGUAAAAAGAUCAGAAUGGUAUGAGUACGAUAGCAUUGAACCGACUGCCUCCUUUUGCAUUUGCUUUAUGCUCCUAAUUUGCCAACUACUUUAUGUGAAAAAAAAAAUCAGAUUUUAUGUAAUUUAUGUGAAAAGACACUUGCUUCUUUUGUA